GAUGCGGAGCAAAUCUGGUGGCGGGGUGCGACUAUGCACUUGGACAAACCAGACCUGCUGGUGGCCAGGGCUAACAUGUCCACACACAUCCUGGCCAAUACGUUAGACGACGUCUUUUCCGUCCAAGGAGCACGGCAAAAUGAGGAGGGUUAG